GCACAGACCCUCCCGGGCCCGCCGAGCAGCUUUGGUGCCAGCCCGUAUAAACGACGUCAAUCUGAUUGCGUCGGCGGCACAAGCGUUGACUGCAUCCCUCCAGACCAGCAACGCAACCAGCCACAACACCCGCACCAAUAAGAGGAACCAAUUCACAUCUCCCCAAAGCUCCGACAACCCCCCCUCUUCGGCAAAAUCGCAAAAAUGCUUUCCGCUCGCCAGACCCUCACCAAGCUCGCCAGACCCGCCCUGCAGCUUACCCCGGCCUCCCGAGCAGCGUUCACGACCUCGGCCCUGAGGAUGUCUGAGGGCGACACUGGUUCUAUACCCAAGACGGGCGGCGGUGAUGCCUUCCAGAAGCGCGAGCAGGCCGCCGAGAACUACGCCAUCCGCCAGCGCGAGAAGGAAAAGCUCAUGGAGCUGAAGAAGAAGCUCGCCGAGCAGCAGGACCACCUCAAGCAGCUCUCGGACCACAUCGAUGAGAUCACCAAGGAUCAGGGUGGAGAGCACAACUAAGCUGGAAACCAAUGUCGAGUUUUGGCCGGAUCCCCUUCUGAAGGGUUGAACUUCCGGCGACCGUCAUGUCGACAACAGAUGUCAACUGAGAUCGCAUUAUUUCGUUCCCGAACCAUAUUCACGUAUCAUCCAUGCCACGUGUACCAGUGCCUCUGUUCAGAAAUAUAUCCUGACAGCAGUCUAUCGCUGUGAGAUAUUGCUCCUCUCUAGCAGUCCAAGCAUCUGUCUGCUUCGGUAGUUUGUUUGUACAUAAUCCACGUGUAUCCAUCGACCAUCCCAUUUGAUUAUUCUUGUUUUUUUUUUUUGGUUCUCAUUCCCCUGAUGUCCUAAACACGCCCCGUCUGGUAUUACAACUCAGAAACAAAGA